UAACGUCCAUUUUCUCACCAAUCCUUAAGCAAAUUCAAACAUCAUUGUCAUUUCAACCAUGGCGUCCGCACGACCACUAGGCCCACCAAUCUCCUACACCCCGGCCUCGCUACCAUCAAACAAAACCCUCGCAGGCCGAACUAUCCACCUCGAGAAACUCGGUCCAGACCAUGCCAUCUCCCUCUUUCCUCUCCUCGUCGGAACAUACCCCUCCAUCACACCGCUAUGGGACUACAUGCUCGACGGCCCAUACCCCGACCUCCCCACAUUCCAAGCCGCCAUAACCACCAAAUCAGCCUCCAGCGACCCCUUCUUUUACGCCAUAAUCGAUGCCCGCAAGAACACUCCCACCUCCGGCAAACCAAUUGGCUACUUAUCGCUCAUGCGCAUCACACCCGCCCACCUAACAAUCGAAGUCGGGAACGUCAUGUUCUCGGCCGCUUUGCAGCGCACGACCGGUGCGACGGAGGCAAUUUAUCUCCUGAUGAAGUAUGCGUUUGAGGAUUUGGGGUAUCGGAGGGUGGAGUGGAAGUGUGACGCGUUGAAUGGGCCGUCGAGACGGGCAGCGAUCAGGCUGGGAUUUACGUUUGAGGGCGUGUUUCGGCAGCAUAUGGUUGUUAAGGGGAGGAGUAGGGAUACGGCGUGGUUUUCGGUAUUGAGGGAUGAGUGGGAGGGGGGAGUUGGUGUGGGGUUGGAGAGGUGGUUGGAAGAGGGGAAUUUUGGGGAGGAUGGAGGGCAGAUGAGGAGUUUGGAGAAGGUGAGGGGUGAGGUUAUUCAUGUAUAGUUGCUAUUUUGCGUUGCUUGCCGGAGCAGAAGUACCAUCAGGGUGUUGAAACCUUUGAAUCGGGAUAAACAUUAAACAAACUCAAGCAUAAAUUAACAUAACAUCUUAUCUCGUCCCCACCGGUACAAUCACCGUGGCAUAUACAUAUGCACCUGCUGCGCCGAUGCCGCCCCCUGGGGAAAUGAAUACCUCAGCUGCUCCUGCUGCUGCGAAUACACCAUACUAUGAUACGACCUCAGCGAAGAGUUACAGUCCUCCUCGUUCGUCUCUCCUUCGUCUCCGCCUGCUUCCAGGACCUUCUGUGGCGGACUGAUAUGCACAUGGUGCCAUUUCCGGAAGCACAGAAGAACACCGGCAUAAAUUCCUAUGGUGCAGAAGAACUCGAUGACGGUCCUGGCGGCGUCGAGGUAGUCUGGGGCCAUGUU